ACGUGCUCGACCGUGCCUCUCAUUCUCACCUCACCAGGUAAACGAUCUCCUCGAGUGACGGAUGACUCUUCGGGAAAUAGUUCCCGACGCUGUCUGAUAACACAGACGACUCCCCGUGCGAGAGAUCAAACGUACUUUCGAGUUCCGGUGGGGUCGCCGGAAGUAGCUGAGCGUGACGGCGACGGCGCUAACGGAAAAACGUGGGAACGUGCAUCGUGCGACAGCGCUCCGCCGCUCCAUUAGUCGCCGCGCGCUAAACGAACUCGAGGAUAAUCGUAUUAUACACUUUGCGACAAAUGUUUCUGCCGGAAAAGUUCCAUCGCGAGUUGAUGUCGCGUGUAAGUCUCGUGCGCCGGUGAUAAACGGGGACGAGUACGGAAAAAGGAGGGAAGAAAGGAGAAAAAUCGCGAGUACGACGGAGCGUAACGGAAAGAAAGCAAGAGGACAGGAAAUAGGGAGGAAAAUAGGAAGAUAAGAAAAUACAGAUGGAAGAGAUCGAGCUAUUCGUGCCACGAGCGAUGUCUUGAUUGUCUCGUCGGAAGCACUCAACGGCUAUUUAAUUAGACGCAUCGGAACGAGGCUUCCGGUUCGGCCCGGCCUGGGAAAACCAUUAUAUCGAUUAAACUGCGGAAGGUUCUGCGAUAAGGGAAUUCGCGAGAGUCCGUAAGGUGCCGACGAGGUCACUUUUCGUUGUAAUUGUAUUAAUUGCUGCAAGGAGAAUGCGAAGUUAGUUUAAUCGAGUGUACAUGGUGGCGCUCCUUGAGGCAAUUCUCCGGUCGGAAGGGUCCACCUGUAGGGCGUCCGGGCGAAAGUUCAACGAAGAUUGGAGUAGUUCUGGUCCCGAACGAGUCUUCGUCCGUACGACUGAGUCGGAAUCUUUCGCGUUUACACAGCUCGAGCGACUCGCAACCGACCGGGAAACGUUGGGAAAUUCGCGUUGGAGGUUUUGCCCGCCGGCUGCCGCUGCACUCGCUGAGGAAUCGGUGGAGGAGAUGGCGAGACCCGCUGGUUCGCGAGAAGAGCGCGGCUCGCGAUCCUCCCGAUGACGGACGUAUCGAGGACGCGAGCAGUCAUCGUUUAAAAAUAACAAAACAGAAGGAGCCCGCGUAAAGAAGGCGAAGCCGACUGCAUUGUGCGGCCACAGCCUGCCUCGCAGCGGAAUACCGCGACUCCCCACUGUUGUGUCCGCGAGAUGCUCGCGUUGUUUGCGACUUGUGGGCUGGAACGAGACGAGCUGCUCGGGGAGAGGAAGGACACGCUGCGAGACCAGAAACGGAGAGAGAGACUGAUCGGGAUCCCACUCUUCUAGGUAGAAUUUGUGACGUCAGCCUGGGGCAAGUCGUACGACCAGUUCGUUCGCUGGUAAGAAGAAGCGAAGAAAAAGAAGAAGCAGAAGAAGAGGAAAAGGAGAAGAAGAAGGAGGAGGAGACGGAGAAAGGAGAAGGCAAGAGUCUCCUCUCUCAUGUAUAUCCGACUACGUUUUUACCGGCCGGCUGCGGGAGCAUCUCGCGCCGCCAUGUCAUCCGCGCACCACGACAUCCAUCAGCAGUAGUAGUAGCAGCAGCGCUUGCCCCUACCUCUCCUUCUCUCUCUCUCUCUCUCUCUCUUCGUGGCAUCCAUUCAGUGGCCGUCGUACCGGACUAAAAUUACCCCGGUCCGUCGAUCGCUGGCGAUCUACGCGCGAGCGGAGUGCUCGCUCCAGCGCGGAACGUUUCGGAGCUGGUGGCGGCGGCGAGAGGAAGCCUGUCUGCCUACCUGGUGCACGACGCUCGCGGUUUCGGUGAAGGUGCAUCGAGUGUUUCGCGCGUAGGACCGGUUUCGUUUCGCCGCACGGCCCAACCGCUCGACCGAGAGAGAGCACGCGUUCGUUGUCGCUUCUUACGGAGGUACACGUCAUUCGGGCGCGCUGAUGAAUAAUAAAGGAAUCCGCGGGAUUCGGGGUCUACGUCGCAGUGAGGUGAAAGCGGUCGGAAGGUUAGCCGUUGACGAAUCAGCGGCGUAGAGAGCUCGUACGCGGAGAUCACAGUGAAGUCUUUGAGAAUCGUCGGAGAGAAAAGAGCUUCCUUUUGUUCGUCGGAAGAGGAUCUUUCUUCCGGCUCUUCUCCGGCUCUUAGCGCGACAGACAGGAGCGUUACGCCGGGCUCACACCUGUAUCGUGCGAACGUUGUUGUUGGACGAUAGUGUCACCGUGUAUGGUGCACCAGAGGAUACGCGGCACUAUCAACAGCCCGUUCUGUUUGGAUACUCGACGCGGGCGGUACUACUCUUCGUGAAAACAUCGCCGUCCGAGAGAGAAAUGGGAAACCACCCGUCCGCCCACCAGCCACUCGAGAGAGCUACCAGCCAUGCUGGAAAUGGUCUUCGCCUCUCGAAGCGCGAGAGAUCGCCGGGUAGAAGGAUGGAUCGGCUUCGACGGAGCUUCCGGGACAGCUUUCGGCGGCGGAAAGACCCUCACGUGCCUGAGUCUAGCAAACCUCAUCAAUGGCAGGCUGAUGAAAGCGCAGUGCGUUCGGCUACGUGCGCAUUUCACGUCAAGUACCUGGGAUGUGUGGAAGUGUUCGAAUCGAGAGGUAUGCAGGUCUGUGAGGAAGCUCUCAAAGUUCUUCGAAAUUCAAGACGAAGGCCGGUACGGGCGGUGCUUCACGUGUCCGGCGACGGCCUCCGCGUUGUCGAGGACGAGACGAAGGGGUUAAUUGUCGAUCAAACGAUCGAGAAAGUCUCGUUCUGCGCGCCGGACAGAAAUCACGAGAAGGGAUUCAGUUACAUCUGUAGGGAUGGCACGACGAGACGGUGGAUGUGCCAUGGAUUUUUAGCGUUGAAAGAAUCGGGGGAAAGGUUGAGUCACGCCGUGGGUUGCGCCUUCGCCGCGUGUCUGGAGAGGAAGCAACGGCGGGACAAGGAGUGCGGAGUUACGAUGACUUUCGACUCGAAGACUUCUACCUUCACGAGAAGCGGCAGCUUUAGGCAACCGAGUCUCACCGAACGGUUACAGGAAUCGCGCGAUCGUGCAGUUGACGUGCCUCCGCUCAAGCAGGUGUACAAUCCUUUCGCGAUCGAGAGGCCGCAUGCAACUCCGUCGAUGUUGGAACGACAGGGUUCCUUUAGGUGUUUCACGCAACUGAACCAGGCAUCCCCUUUCAAGAGGCAGCUCAGUCUACGAGUCAAUGAUCUUCCUAGUAAUCUCGAACGCACACGUAGUCACAGUCUGGAGCCGACGGACUUGUCGCGAAUGCCUUCAGCUCUCUCGCACAUUGUACCUCUGAAGCCACCGGAGUUCGAAGGAUAUGACGAAGUGAGCCCGAUACCGGAAAUAUCUCCCGGCGGCCAGGACAGCGUAUCCGCGAUGUGUCAGCAGCUUUCUCGGGGGCUUUCUCUGCUGUCGAGCAGCGACGACUUCGGACCAAUGCCAUCUCACGCUGCCGCCGCGAGUACUAUCGCCAAGCAGCUCUUCACCAGCACCGCCAGCUCUCCUCCAGUAACGAGUAGCAGCUCGUUGGACGACAUGAAGCUGCAGAACGGUCCCACCAUGAAAAACAACAACAACAACGACAAGAACGACGAUCUCAGUAACCUGAAUCACGUCGGACCCAGUUGGCAGGACUCGGCGUCCCCCGUUCUCGCGUCGAACCACAGGCUCACGCCUAUCCUUAAGGCGAGCAACCUCAGUCCCAUUCUUCCAAGGAACGCGCCCACCGCAGUCGUUAUGAGCACACCGGCACCUGCCUCCACUGUAGGUGCCUUCGGCACACCACCGUCGGCGGCGAGUCCGGCUUUCAGUACGGCUUCUACGUCCUCUUUAGGAAACACGUCCACGCCGGCCGUGAACAGAUCGCCGAUCCCGAUCAAUUCGGUGAUGACACCGAAAACGAAUUCGCCCAGUGCCAGCGUAGCGUCCGUCUCGCCGGCGUUGUCCGUUCCGACUGACGUCGCUCAAGUCUCAUUGGCAACCGGUGUUCCGACAGCUAUGGUACAACCGCUUUCCACGGCAGCUGGUUUGCCGAAACCAGAACAAUGGCUAGGCAGUAUAACCGGCUCCGUGCCGUCGCCGGUGCCGCAGGUACCCGUUAGUCCUCGACGAGCACCUCCUCUCCACGCGAGAGCGCACUCGCUUGGAUCGGCCGCAAUGAGCCAAGCUUCCAGAGGAGGACCCUCCGAUCCUUUCGACGUCGAAUGGGCGGAGAUCGCAGCGAGGAAUCUGCGGCAAUCUAGUACGACGAAUCCAUUCAUUAUGCCGAACGCGACUCAGGCGUUCCAAGUGCAGUUGUAGCGUCAGGAGUUCAUCAACAACGUCGCCAAGUAUUUCCGUUCGAGCACAUAGUGAUGGCUGCACGUCCGCUCGCGCUUCGACCUCGCACACGAUCGAAAGUACUACACGUGAGCCGCGUGUCCUCGACCCGAUCGCGAGCACCGUCGCUUCGAUCGCGCACGACGACGCCGCGGUCGCGCUUCCGGUUGAGCAGCCUGAUCUCGACCACGAGUCUUCGGCGGAACAAGAAAUCAAGCCGAAAGAGCGUGGAUGAAUGAAUCCACUCGUCGUCGAGUCGGCGUUCUAGUAGCAACGACGGUAGCAGUGAACCACAGCACAAAAUAAAAGUAUCCGUGAGAAUACUUUAUAUAGAUAGAUACGUAUACGCGCACACAGCCUUAAAAGACCUCAAUAAGAACAAAAUAGAAAAAAAAAAAGAAAAACAAGGGAGGGGGAACGAAAAGAAACGCGUAAACGCGCGUAGGCGUACGUGGCGGGGAGGGACACAAAGUUUCACGCACCAAUAAUAAUACCAGGCUACUCCACGUCAGCCGAGGAACAAGAAGCAAUAGAAUAUCGCGGAGUACGCGCAUCGAUAAUUAUACUUAAAUGUCUGUGACACGAUGCUGUAAUUGGAUAUCCCAGUAAUCUUGAGUAGAGUUAGGCUCGAGCCGAGCGGUUAUCGUCGUUUUGCAUGAGAAACGAAAUUGUACGCACCCCAAGAUAACGCACUGCACCCCUCUUUUUUCAAAAAAAAAGAAAAUAAAAAUCCCGAAAAAAAGAGAAAGGAAGAGUAAAAUGAUAGACGAGUGAAUAAAGUACGUAGCGUAGUUGCUUCGUGGUCGUACACACUACGACGUGGGUCACGAAGUGCGGACGAAGUCGUACCUUCCCUUCACGGAAGGGAAGCUUGCUUUUUCCGGCGGGCUCGUCCGGCUCAGGCACAUACACAGGUGGACGCUCGGUUUCGCCGAAACCGUGACGCGAUUCAACGUAAAGGGGUUAACAUCCGCGAGAGACUGUGAUAUAUAUUGACGUGAAGUGGCCAGUACUUAAACGCGCGAACUUUAGCGUGGUCGAGACGGAUUCGCAGAGUAUCGGGAGUAUCGUGAGACCUGCUCAAGAUUGUCGCGCCGCGUGAUAACGGAGAACGGAGGCGAUCGUGAGCUCGGGGUACCGCAGACUCUAUAGUCCCGUAGCUGGCAGAUAGAAAAAGAGAAGAAGAGAGAGAAAGAGAGAUAAAUACCCAUAGAUUAUUUAAGUAAAGAUUAGCUGUUGAAGAUUAGCGGGGGCGGAGUAUGCCCCUCACACUAUCGUUGUCUAUUAUAUACACAUCGAGCUGCAUUUAUCGCAAGUGGACCGCGGGUGGAAGGUACGGCGACAAUGACGCGUAACCGUGGAAAUUCUCACACGACGAGGACGACAACGGCGCUCGCGGAGUGAUUCCCGUGACGACGGUGCUUCCGCUCUUACAAUCCGUAGCCGCGAAAGUUGCGUUCGCCGAUCCACGAGAUUACGCGCGAGUCCGUAUCAUCUGGCGAUGCGAUCGCGCCGGUUUAUGAGGUCGACGAUGUACGUCGUAGCGAGACGAGCAGGAAGGGCCUUCUCAGUUCCACGUAGUAAUUGAUAGUGUCCGGCGAGAUAUCAGUAUUGCAGCCUUGCAGCUUUCUGUCUUUCAAGCCAGCGGCCGCACUUUCGGUUUUUCGAAACGGAUCGAGGGUAAACGUCGAGGAAGGCCAAGAGCGAUAUUACGGGGGGCGGGGAGGGAGGAGGGAGGAGGGAGAUGAACAAGGAGUGUGUGUAUGCAUUGUACAUAGAAUAGUUAUUUAAAGAGUAACGAGACAGUAAAGAGGAUUAUGAUGAAAUACGUGAGCGAGGGAGAGAACGUUUGGAAGUCGUAUAUUAAGCCGGCGACUCAGCGAUGACGCGAAAGGGUUCCCCUUCCCCUCUGCUUCAUUUCUGAUUAAUUCCAUGAAACUGUCGUACUCACGCUGUUAUUCUGAUUUCUCCGAUUUCGAUUACGUCUACACGCGUGACACGUGUACGCGCGUAGCAUGCGUUUAUUAUGCGCGUUUAUUAUGCGCGCGGAUAUUUACGUUACGCUCUAUACCGAGAUUCACGCGUCGUUAAUCGAGUCCUGCGACUUCGUCGAUGCUCUUGAAUUCCUACACAUCGUUCCUACACAUCGUUCGUUUCGUCACGUUGAACGAGAAACGUAUGUGUACCGGUAUUCUUCCACGCGACGAAUCGCUCGUGUUAUCGUUUCAAUUGCAACCUGGACUUAAUCGCGGAUAAUCAGAUGAGAGCGAUUGUUACGGGAGAAACGCCGAGGCGUUGUUGCUGGUCGCGAAAAUGGACUUGGUUUUUCCAGCCACCUUCCGUCCGUCCCGAAAAUCAAAAGGUAGAGAGAGAGAGAGAGAGAGAGAGAGUUUCUAAGCGAGGGGGUUGAGUAACACCGCAAAGCAACACAUGGAGCGAUCACUAGGUACUUAUCGUGGUACUUAUGAAAACGGUUAAUCAAUGUACUUAAAAAAAAAAAGAAAAAACUAUUAACACACGUAGGUCGUUGUUAGCGAAAUCGUCGCUGAUCGACGCACGUCGUCGAUGUCUUCUACUCUAUCCGUCUCAUUUAAUUUUGUUCUCAUUUUUAUCCUUUCGGACUGACAUUUCUUUCGUUCUCCCAGAAAAACGCGGGAAAGGAGAAUGUGUACAUAACGCAACGUAGCGACUCGUUAUAACAUUAUUAUUACGUUUAGGUACUUAUUGUUUUCUUUUUUUCAUUUUACACUUUACUCUCGGUCGAUGUACGCUAACUCAUACAUUGUUCAUUUGGCUAGGAUCGAGGAGAAGCGAUAGCAGCGUCUCGGCCGAUCCCUGCUUGUAGGUUUACGAUGUGCGUAAUUUAUUCGGAUAUCCGGUGUCUUUUGUAAUUUUCGAUCGAUGCGAUUUUUAGUUGAAUUAGCUGUUCGCCUUUCUCCCUUUCCGAAAAAGCACAGAGAUCGGCCGAGACGCGUUCCGGUGUCUCAUAUCGACUGAAACAGGCAAGUGCAUUUAUGGAGGUAACGAAUAACAGUGGUAUACACACACACAUACACACACACACACACACAACACGCUCUCAAUACACGACAGGUGUAUGUUUACAUAUAUAUACACAUCCAGAGAUAGAGAGGAAGAAAAGAGAUGCCGGGACAAGAAUUAUAAGCGAAUAGGUGCACCGCGUGCCAAAUUCAAAAGUGCAACCGCGUUGCCUGCCAAUUGGACGGUAGUACAUCGCGCACGCUUCCGUGGUUGUGUUGUACAUAGUGUCGCCGGUCGAUUCCUGGAUCAACGUACGAUUUAAUGCGUGUAUAUUUCGUAAAGGUAUCCUUGUUCAUUUUACAAUGUAUCUGCCACUGUAAAGAUACGGUUUAUUAUAUAAUAUCUGUUGUGAUUACGAA